UCAGAACGAUUGGAUAAUAUCAGGGAGGUACAUCAUGUCAUUUUGGAUAUUUAUUCAUUUGAGAGACCUAUAUAGUUAGCUUACACUUGUAUCUCAGAUUAUUUUUAAAGACAUGGCGAAAGCGUUGUCUAACAAAAAGCCUAGGUACAUACAUACCUCGUUAACAUCAAACUUGGAAUUGCGUGACAGAGAAAAGUCUGUUCCUGAGUCAACAGAGACCGUCGAGUCAACUUUGAAUGACUAUGCUGUCGUAAGACAAUCUGCAUCACCGCACUGCACAAGAACAGAGAUCGCUUUAGUUAUUGUUAUAAUUAUUGCUUUAGGUAUUGUCACGUCACUUAUUGUCACUUUAACAACGAAGAAAGAUGACGGGGAUGGAGGAAAACAAACAACAGGUGAUGCCAUACAGGCAACGACAUCCCCGUUGCAGGAAACAACUGGCACCACAAUGGAGGGCAAUCUUUGGGCACCUUGGGAAGACUGGACACUAUGUACAGCCACCUGCGGUUCUGGCAUUCAUAAACGCUAUCGUAGCUGUACUGCAGAAAAAUCAUCAAAAUGCUCGGGAAAUUAUGUCGAGACAAAAAUUUGUACGGAGGCAACAUGUCCAGCAUAUGGCAAAUGGACGACAUGGACACCAUGGAGUAGUUGUGAUGUCUCUUGUGGCGGAGGAACUCAAACACGGGCUAGAACUUGUGCUAUAGUAGACCCCACCAAUCUCGACUGUGUUGGGAAACCUUCACAAAAUAAAACAUGUUCCAUCUGGGAAUGUCCAGAUUGUAGCAGAACAUGUGCAAUUGGAACUCUUAACACCGACUGUGAUACUUGCAUUUGUGAAGGAACGACCGUCACGGGAAGGGUUAGUGCAUUGACAACAGGCAAUCCCGUGAGCAAUGCAGCGUUUUAUGCUAGUACCGCGCCGCUCAAAGUAUUGACUCGAAGCAAUUCAACCGGUUUCUUCGCACUGAAUGCAACAUGUAUAGCCACAGAACUACUUGUUGUCAGGGAUGGUUUUAUUGAUGCUCUUGUGGAAGUAAAUAAUUUAUACAUGGAAAUUACCAUGAAUAGACGGGUUUUGCCGUACCUGACAGAAAUGCCACAGUCAAGAAGGCGAUUAGUUGGUGAGGAUGUGUCGUUUUGUUGUACAGCUGCUGCAAAUCCAACUAUCGAGUAUUAUGAAUGGCUUAAGGAAGGCAUUCUGUUGAAGGAAUCGCUACAGAAUACAAGCAAGCUUACUUUAACUAAUCUUAAAACUAAUGACAGUUCAAAAUAUCAAUGCAGAGCCAAUAGCCAGGCAGGCGCAAUUUUAUCUCCUACCGCUACACUCUCCGUGAAAGAGUUUUCUGGGGAUUUCUGUGCUGACGCUCUACAACAGAAGACAAUAGCUUUACCCGAUGACUGUGUUCAGGCUAGCACAAAUACAGCAACUUUCGAAGUCGGGGAAUGUAUAUCUAAAGGUUGCAGGGAAUAUACAACAGCCGAAUCUGGCACAUGUCAUGACGAAACGUGGUCAUGUUGUACAGUUGGGGAAGCAGUCUUGGAAACAAUUCAAUGUUCCGGAUACGAACUCGAUGUAAUUAUUGUAAGGGCCUGUAGCUGUGCUCCCUGCACGAGUAAUUCCCUGGAAAUUUCUCUGACGGCGCUUGGAUUAGAGGAUGGAUUACCAUUAAAAUAUGGAGACGUCUUGGUAAAUGGUAUUUUCAAAGGCUACACAAGUGGUUCUGGAAUGUUUAAUUUCGAAGUUACGAGAAAUUCAACGAAAAUAAGUAUUAAAUUGAUAGAUAAUUUUGUCAAGCAAUACCUUCCUGCAGUAAAGAUCGUUGAAAUCACAGAUGAUUUGAAUGGGAUACUCCAUUUUGACAUUUGGAUGAUUAAAGCCGCGCAACCUGUUGAAAUUGACUCCAGAGUAGAAAAUACUUUAAUAGCGGGUGGAACAGUUGAUAAUGCAACUGAACCAAUAAUUCAGAUAUCGAUUCCAGCUAAUGCAUUUUAUUACAUUAACGGUACCCCGUACGCUGGAACAGUAGAAGCCAGUCUUACUUUUCUUGAUCCAACUAAUAAUACAGUUUUGCAAAAUAUUCCUGGCGUGUUUCAGUUUGUUGAUGAGGAGGGACAGACAGGGCUCCUCGCAUCCCUCGGUGUUUUUAAUCUGUACUUUGAAGAUACGGUUGGAGAAGGUCUCGUCUUAGAUGAUGUUGCUGACAUGUAUAUACCAUCAGAACUUGACGAGCAAAUCAACGACCAGAGUAUUAAAUUAUGGAAACUUAAUUCAGAAGCAGGAGUUUGGGAGUAUGUGACGCCUGGUACAGGAAUGAGAAGACGAAAAAGACAAGUUAGUACUGGUUGGAUCGGCGAAAUAGAUUGGACGAACAUUGACAGACAGGACUGGUGGAAUUAUGAUGAUGUUAAAUCGUUAACCCAGGACCCUUGCUACUUCAAAGUACGUUUGUUCAUGGACCAAAAACUUUCGGAAAACAUCGCUAACCCCAUAGCAUCAGUUAAAGCUGAAUACCAUUAUAUUCGGAAUAAAAUUGUAACAAGUUUUAGGCACACUAUAUCUUAUCCAGAAAAUGAAUGCUUAUAUGCCAUUUGUGAAAACAAAAUUACUUAUUUGUCACUUUAUUAUUCCGCGGGAAAUGAGAACAGGGCAUUGUUUGCAGCGCUACCCAAAUUUGGGGAAAACAGUCUUUAUCAUGAAUUAAUGGAUGAAAACAAAGUUCUGAAAAUUCAAACGAUAUCCUCUUAUGAUGGACCUUUUUAUAAUGAUAAAAACAAAUGUGAAGCUUCAACUACUGCCGAUUCUCAUCUUAGAUACUUUUAUAGGGAAACUAGUGAAGGAUAUACUUUUAACUAUAUAUACGUGCAGGUGAAAGCAGAAACAGAUGAAGAACGGAACACACAGACUAAAAUCAGCCGAAAAACAUGGUUUCCAAAUCGACCGUCCAAAGGUUAUAAAGCUUGUUAUAUGAAAGUACGGUUUAUUUUUGAGGGAGAUAAGUCUCUAGCUCAGCAUGAAUACUUCAAAUUAGAGGCAGUAAGUUACGGCGGAACAAACACAAAUAUUAAGAAUGAAAUGCUUGGCACUCGAAUUUAUUAUAUUAAGACUUUUGAAAAAACGUCUUCGCUGUGUGUCGAGUAUAAAUGCAGUGGACCAUUAGUGGUAGUAUUUGCAGAUGAAGAGUCUGAUAACACAAAAGUUGAAUUAAAAUGGACGCAUUCUGGUAAUUGUUUAGAAUGUAAUGUUACAGAAGAAGCAGAUUUCGUUUCAAACGAUCCUACUGGCUUGAACAGAUCACAGCUUCAUAGUAAAAAUGGAAUAUACGAGCUCUAUGCACCCGUAGACAGUGUCCCUAAUAGUGGUCUAUAUUCUGGCGAAAGUUACAAUAAUGAUUUGGAACAAGCGAAAACAAAUUCGAAACUGGAGUGUCGAUCAGGGAAAUCAUACAAUUAUGAUGAGAACAACCCAGACCGUGGGGUGGCUGUUACAUUCUCUUGUAAAAACAAGUAAAUUAUAAAUACAAAUUCUUAUUCAGUUACGAUAUGCACUAUAUGCAUGUUCAUCAGUGUCGCUCAGUUACCUGACAAUAUUUGUCUUACAGAUAUGCGAAGUGUCUCUAUUAAAAGUAUUUGAUAUGUUGUUUUUUCUUUGAGAUUUAUGCCAAAUGUUUCACAUGCAUUAUAGAUUUAGAAUAUUAGCAGCUGCAGUUUUUUAAUUUUCGUUAAUAAUAUGACAAUUGUCAUACAUUGACAAAGCGUGCAUUACCCUGUUUUCGUUGUAUAUGUUACAGUUAUAUAUUACAUUAUGUCUUAUCAACUGAAAUACGCAUUAAACAUAUGGUUUUCUUCUCAUCGGAUCUUUUUAUGCUGUUUGUUAAGUAUCAAAAUUUGACAACCUAUGAGAUAAGAUCUCAUUUUGCAAACGACUUGAAAACGUAUGAUUUAGAAACUUGUCGUUCUUGACAAAAUAUUAUCAUGUCUGAAUAAAGAAGGUAUAUAAGACUUAAGACAAUUUUAGUUUGAAAUACUAUUCAGAUGUAAACAGAUACAAAUGUAGACAUGUAAUAAAUUGUCAC